AUGAAAACGGGUACGGCGGCAGAAGACCGCCGAAAUCGGGAGACGUGCGCGGUGUUCGAGGUCAUCACUCUCACAAUUAUACUCACUAUCGCCACUUUUGGCGUACUAGCCGGCGGAUAUCUUCAUACCAUUGCGCAUAGCUAUAAUUCGUGCUCGAUGACCUAUAUGUAUAGGAAAUUGCAGUUUUUGAAUAUCUCAUUCUCCUAUCCACCGUCCUCCAAAUACAGUCUCGUCGUCUACAAUGAAGGAUAUCGAUGGUGGAAUCGAUCGACAAUCGAUUCGAAUCAAAUCCCGGUUCUCUUUAUUCCAGGAUCGAAAGGAUCAUCGAAACAAGUUCGUUCUCUUGCAUCAGUAAUGCAGAACAAGACGGAAAUGCGUCAUUCUCAAUUCGGAUUCCGUUUUUUCGCCGUCGAUUUCGAUGAGGAGAUGACGUUUAUGAGUGGAAAUAUCGUGAAUCGACAAUUGGAUUACGUGAUGCAUUCGAUUCGAAGAAUUCAGGCGUUGAUGAGAGUGAAGAGAAAAAUUGUGUUGGUUGGACACUCGUAUGGAGGAAUGAUUGCGUUGUUGACGACGAUUCAUCCAGAAUUCCAGAAUCAGAUUGAGUUGGUCAUUGUGAAAGGAGCGCCGUUGAAUAAGACGCCUGUGAUGAACGAUUGGUUGACAAUGAAACUCAACCGUUUCCUCACGACUCAAUGGAAUUCUCUCCAAUCGUCAUCUUCUCUGUCACAUGUUGGCGUCGUCGCGUACACGGGCGGUCUCCGUGAUUAUCUGAUACCCGAUGAGUGGUCGAUUCUCAAAAAUGUGACACAUCGACCACUUUGGACAGUUGACAACGUCUCGGAUCUCGGUUCGGAUCAUCUGGCGAUUCUCUGGUGUAAUGAGUUUGUACGCCACGUGUCACGAGUAUUGUAUUCGUAUGGAGAGCAAUUAAAUGAGAAAACCGGACGAGAAGUGGUACAGAAUUACUAUAAAACAGAGAUCGAUGGGCAUAUAAAACGGGCUAAACUCGUUAGUCAUGUCAGUGAAAUUCCGACGAAAGAGAUCAAAUUAGGAGAGAAAUAUGAGGGAAUCGUGUUGAAAUCGAAACAAGUUGUGCUUCUCGUCAAACCGCAGAGAUUCGAAGUGAUUGGUGUUAGGAUUAAUGGGACGUGUGUAAACUCAAUGGUCACCGUCCGCCAUCACGAAUCCCAAUUUCACUUUGAAAACGCGACCGCCGACGGAAUCGUUGAAACGUGGAUUUAUCGUGCGGCGAAGAACGAAAAAGUUCGAUUACUUCUCGAUGUCACCCUGCCGUGCAGUAUUGAUAUCUAUAUGACUCAUCCGUAUAUUGUCCAGUUUUGGAGGUUUUAUGAGAUAAUGUUCUCAUAUCUCAACGAAGUCAUCGCCACAUUCAUCGUCACCUGCUGUUUCUUCGCCGUUUUGCUCCGCGAGCCGGGACUAAAAGCCGCCGGUCUUCUCCUAAUCGUCAAUUUGAUCUCAAUUCUCGCAGUUCUUCACGGAUGUGUGGAUCCUGACAAUAUCUACGCUCUCCCUAUGGCAAUUGGAUACUUUUUGGCACUCGGAUGGCGUGCGAUCUGUUUUGGAAUCGAUGCGGCGCUGAUUUCAAAGAUGGGAUUCAUUCAGAGAGGUCAUCGAGCUCUUAGAGCUGAUAUGCUCAUUAAUGGACUCUAUUUGAUUGGUGUGGCGAUUACUCUGGUGGCGAGUAAUGAGGGAACUAUGUUCUUGAUUACCGUCUUGGCUUAUCGCCACCAUCGCCGAGCGGUUCUCCUGGCGCUCCCGUCGCUCCUCCCACUCGGACUGAAAGUGGUCGGUGCCCGACUAUUCAGUAUCGACCCUCUUCCCGUCUACGAACUACAAUACCAACCACAAUUCUACGCCGCAUUACUGUACCUCUGGGGACUGUUUUCCUCUGUAAACGUCGGUCAAAUCACCAUGAGAAGUAUCAUCUAUGGUCUCACACCGGCGUUUAUGUAUCUUCUCAACUCACCGCUCGAAUUAUUCUCCGGAUUCGCUCUGCUCAUUUUCAGCGCCGCUCGUUUUGUACCGUAUGGAACGAAGAGGGGACCGGUAGCCCCGCCGGCACCUGCUGAAUCAUCACAACGACAAGAGAAGAAUAAUUACAAUCUGAGAAGAAGACGAUAA